AUGAAUGCCCCAGAGUCCGACCGAACCUUCUCGCCCAAGCAGGCCUUGAAGCCUACACCAGAACUCUAUAGUGAGAUCGUCGGUGAUGGCAUGGAACGACUCGCUGCUGCUUCUCUAUCCUGUAUUGGGUCAUUCGAUGAUUCCGAAGUCAUCUUUCACGAUGUUGGUUGCGGCCUCGGAGCCGGUACCGAAGCUAUCACGAGUUUGAAACAAGACAAUAUUGUCAUCAAAGGCACCGACAUUAACGACGAUGUUUUGGAAAUAUACCGACAGAACAUAGCUAAAAGCCAGUGGCCUGCCGAGGCUCUGAAAAUGGACGCGUCGAACCUUGAAUUCCCUGACGAGACGUUCACUCACUGUAUUGGCAAUGCGAUGUUGUUUGUUCUCCCAAAUGACGGCGUCGAUGCGAUCAAGGAGAUGCACCGAACCUUGAAGCAAGGCGGCACUGCCAUUCUCAACUCAUGGGCCCAUACACCAACUAUUCCUGCGAUUCAUGCAGCAGCCAAGAAGACUCGACCGGCUGGUACGCCUCUGCCACGAGAAGGGCUGGAUAAAUGGGAAGACAAAGACUUUCUACAGGACACAAUCAUCAAAGGAGGUUUUGAACCAGAGAAAGUGGACUUCAUCCAGAAGGAUGUUCAUGUUACUAUCGGCGAUCUUAAGCGUUUUGCGACAAUGAUCUGGAGCUUUAUCGGUGGUACUUCAAAGGCGGGAUGGCUUGAGUCGGAUGAGGAGAACUGGGAUACAGCAAUUGAUGCAGUCGUGGAGGCGCUGACUCAGACGGAAGGGUAUGAGAAGCUUGAGGAUGGCAAGAACAAGAUCAUGUUCCAGGCCCAUGUUGCCGUUGCUACCAAGUAG